AUGUAUUCAAAGACUUUGGCUAUGCUACUACGAUCAAAAACUUCAAUACACUUUAUUCUAGUAAUAUUUUUCUUCCAAUUUGUCUUUAGUGACAAUCAGAAUCAUACACAAGAUGAUUCCGUUUCAACUUUGACUAUACCUUUAAUUCAAUGGAAAUAUUUAGAAAUGACCGGGGAUAUGCCUCAAGGGUUAAAGGAUUUUGGUUUCGGUUACAAUAAACUGGCUAAUAAAUUGAUCGUUUUUGGCGGAACCACACAAGACAAUUCAAAAUCAAGUGCCACCUAUAUAGCUGAUCUUAAUGCUAUGACUUGGUCAUCUUUACAAACUGCCCAAAGACCAGGUGCUAGAUCAGAUAUGAUAUAUGGAAUGGAUAUUUAUGCUGGUUAUCGGAAUACUUUUGUAAUAACUGGUGGUAAAGGUGACGGUGACAUAGUAUAUAAUGAUACUUGGGCAUUUGAUAUAACUUAUAAUACUUGGUCUCAAAUAACAAAUGUAAUUUCGACGAGUGGUCCCGUACCUCAAAUAUAUGGUGCUGUUGGAGGAAUUGAUACUUCUGUACAAGGUGGAAGUCAAACUAUUCCAAACACUACUAUGUGGUUAACUCAUGGAACUAAUGGAAAAGAUUUUUUUACUGACAUUUGGGCCGUGGUGUUUGGUGGAACUUUGGCUACUUCUGGUAAUUUCUUAACUGUUAGUUGGACAAAGAUUUCUACUGCUGGACCACUUCCUCCAGGAAGAAAAGCUACUGGUGGAACUAUUCUUCCCGAUGGUAAGAUGGUAAUGUAUGGUGGUUGUAAUUUGACAAGCUCAUCCGAUUGUGCGACAUCUGAUGUUUGGAGUCUGAACAUUGGAAGUAAUUCUAAUAGCGGUGUACCAAGUUCAAAUUCUCCAAUAUGGAGUCAAAAAGGUGAAUGUUUAGGUGCAAGAGAAGGCGUUGCAAUGGUUAAUAACGCCAUGAUAGGUGUUGUCUCUUACCGUGCUCAAGCAAUUUCAUUUGGUGGAAAAUUACCUGGAAAACUGACUGUUGAUAAAGAUGGCGAAGUUGGUGUUUUGGAUGCCAAUGGGGGCGUCUGGGUGAGAGUUCUUCCCCAAGCUGAUCCAAAAUAUAUUUAUCCAAAAGUACGUUCUGGUGCUAGAAUGGUAGCUGUCGAUAAUGGUAUAUCAAAUGUGUCUGGUCCUAGCAUUGUUAUGUUUGGUGGGGAGGGUUUAAAUGGUGUCACUUCAUUUUAUAAUGAUAUGUGGGUUCUUAGCCUUUCUGGUGGUGUCUCAAAGGGUAACCAAACAAAUUCUUCUAAUAUGUCCUUCUUAAAAUGUAUUCCUCCACCUGAUGGCCUUGGUAUUCCAGUAUCUCCUUCCCCUGCUCCUAACAGUCCCUUUGGUCCUCAAUUUGCUAAUGCUCUCAUCAAUAUUAAUCACGUAACUUUUUCAACCUUAAGCUUUAUAAUUUUACCUAUUGCAACUUCAAUAAUUAGAUUCGGUCAUGGCCCUCUUAUUGCUGGAAUUUAUGCUCUUUUCAUAUUUUCAUCCUACGCCUUUUUGAUUUAUGGUUUUUAUAUCGUUAUGCAACAAGUAAACUCUUCCUCUACUUCUUCCAUUAACUCUAUUCCAACUUCUCAUUUCUCAACUCCUCAUGGAUUAAUUGCCGUGGUCCUAUCUGUUCUUCUAUAUAUUGCCGUCCCAUUAUUAACAAUAUUUUCAUGUAUACUUACUAGAAAAUUUGGUUCUUAUACUUCUGAGACAUCAUCUAAUAAUCCUGAUUCUGAUGAUAAUAAUAUUAGUUUUAAAAACAAGUUUGCUAAAUUUUUUAAUUUAAAAACUUCUGAUGAUGAUGAUGAUAAACAAACAAAAUCUUUCGAAGUUUCACGACCUGGAAAUCACAACUUUCAAAGCGACAAUCUAAAUCAUCAAAAGCCAACAUCAAUGCUUAAUAAACCUUCCUCUGAUUCAUGGCUAGAUAAACGAAAAAGUGUAACCAUUGCUGAAAAUCCAUUGGUCUUGAACAAUGCUUUACGUAAUCUUAAUAUGCAAAAUAUUUCUUCAAAUUCAAGAAGAACUUCACAAAGUACUUCUUCUUAUCAUCAGCGUGUAGGUUCAAAUAGAUAUCCAAGAGGUAAAAAUAGUUUAUUAGUGGCAACAAUGAAAAAAUUUGGUGGUCGUGGUGAUAUAGAUGAAUCAAAUGAUACAAGUGGUAUAGGUAAUGAUGAAUAUAGUCAAGCUAGUGGAAGUGAAUUUGGUGGUGGUGGUGGUACAGAUAGUAGAUUUAAUAGUAUAAAUGGUAAUAGAGCAAAUUUACAUGAUGAUGAAAUGAGUGAAGAAGCUAAACAAGCUGAACUUGAACACGAAAUUACUAACAGAGAAGUUGUUGUUAUGACGAUACCAAAAAGAAGAUUAACGGUUGUUAAUGCUUGA